UGAAACUCAUGCAUCACUGGAAAUGUUUGCAUCAGCCACUAAGAACUUUGUGAAGCAGGUCGGAGACACCGGGAGGUUGAUCCCGGUCCCCAGUCUGAGCGAAGCCGACAGAUACCAGCCUCUCAGUUUGGUCACCAGGAAGAGGAAGAGGCAUUUCUGGAAGAAGAACAAGUACGCCUCGACCCCGUUCUCCCUCAAAGACAUCCUGGUAGGAGAGAAGGAGAUCACAGCAGGAGUAUCGUCUUAUCAGCUCCUCAACUACGAGGACAAAUCAGAUGUCGCCUUAAAUGGUCGAUUAGGAAACCACCUCAUCAACGAUGUGGGAUUCAACAUUAGUGGAUCCGACUCCGUGGCCGUCAAAGCCUCGUUUGGCAUUGUGACCAAACACGAGCUGGAGGUGCCCACAUUACUGCGAGAACUAAACUCAAGGAAAGUGGACCUGGAUCAUUGUCUGGUUCGUCAGUCCAAAGAAAGUGGUCGCAGCGUCCUUUGUGUUGUUGUUGAGAGCAUCAGAACUACAAGACAGUGUUCUUUGACGGUCCAUGCGGGGAUGAGAGGGACAACCAUGAGGUUUCAGAUUGACGACGGCAGAAACCCCAAAGGUAGAGACAAAGCCAUCGUCAUUCCAGCUCACACCACCAUCGCCUUCAGCAUCUGCGAGCUGUUUGUUCGCCUGGAUGGACGUCUCGAUCUUUGUGUAGCUCCGGAGUCUCAAGGUGGGUUUGAGAGGGAGCAAACACAAACACUCUUGCUUCAUUUUUGUCUUUACUUUACAGAAAACCGAACGUUCGAGGAGCUCACCCACUCAGACACUUACAUGGACGACAUGGUCACAGAUUAUUACGAGAAAGCUGCCAGCAUGACGGACGUUUCCACCGCCUACCUGAGAGAGAGCUCGCACACGAGGGUCAAUCUUCUCAAACACAACAUCCCCAAGGGGCCGUGUGCGCUCUGUGGCAUGGGGAACCAGAAGAGGGAGACUGUGUACGGAUGCGUGGAGUGCUCCACCGGAGGCCAGAAAUAUGUUCGACUGCAUGUGGUGCCCUGCUUUGACCUUUGGCACAAAACGCUGAGGUGAAAGGAGAACAUUCUCUGCUUAAAAAAAACAACUUUUCUGGUUGUUAUUACCUGUAAUUUAAGUAAUCUACAAGUGCAAGUGUUUACAUGAUAUAAGUCAAACCAAAACACCUCAAAUCAUGACAUCAGCAGCCAACAAGUAAAAGAAAAUUGUCUCUCAUACUGCUGUAUCAUUCUUUGGCUACCAUCCUGUUUCCACACGUGUGCUGUGCAUGUACUGUAGCUGCCAGAUGUUAAAUAAUGCAGCAGGGAUAUUGGGUGAAAAUGGACUGGAGGGAUCAUGUGAAGUCAGAGACAGCCUGGUUGUGUUAUGUUCCAAGUCUGACAUUUAUUUUGAGCUGAUAUUGUGCUUUAACAUGGUUGAAUCUUUGUCAAAACAUGAUAUUAAGAGUUACAGGAAUGGAUUAGGUGCUUUUAAGGACCUUAAAGUACUUCUUUUGAGUGCUGUAGUUCUGUCAUUUGGAUUGUUUCUACAAGUGUUUCAACCACGUUUUGUAAAACAAAAUCCCCUACAGCCAAAGGAGGAGAUUUCACAAUUAAAAAAACUUGUCAGAUGUGUGUGGAACUGAUAAUGGGAGCGUCAGUGGUUGAAUAAAUAUGUAUUUUCACUUUCUUGGAUGCCUUUAAA